GUUGGCGUAUUUUCCUUUUCGCGACCUUAUUCAAGUGAGCUGCGCCUUGCUCAUAAGAUCUGAUUCACUUUGUUUCUCCUCCUUUCCUCUGUUCUCACUUUGUUCUUGCAAUAUUGCUUUUAUUUUCUACUGAACAAUGUCUGAAGGCGAGGAGACGGUCGUAAACAAGAAUAAGAGGCAUAGGAAGGAAAAGCGUAUGUCAGUGGUCAUCCUGACCUCUACAUCUCCUGCUAACUCUUUGAAACAGCAUGGGAUACAGAUGAUAUUGAUCACGUGCGCCCAUAUUCGUACGAAACCAUGAUUUGUCUGCUGACCCUUCAUACAGUGGAAGAUAGAUGAAUUCAAACCUAAAGACAACAAGGCUGGAACCUUCACGGAGGAAUCUUCUUUCGCGACUUUGUUCCCCAAAUACCGCGAAAAAUAUCUGCGAGAAGUAUGGAGUGCCGUAACGAAAGCUUUGGAACAUCAUGGUAUUGCAUGCACGCUCGAUUUAAUCCAUGGUUCCAUGUCAGUACGGACGACGCGUAAAACAUACGAUCCGUACAUCAUCCUCAAAGGUCGUGACAUGAUUAAACUGCUGGCGAGAGGUGUCGCCGUUGGACAAGCGGUGAAGAUUCUGGACGACGACGUGGCUUGCGAUAUCAUCAAGAUUGGCAAUAUUGUUCGGAAUAAGGAGCGAUUCGUAAAGAGGAGACAGCGGAUAAUUGGUCCGGACGGAAGUACAUUGAAAGCCAUCGAGCUUCUCACCCAAUGUUAUGUCCUGGUGCAGGGAAGUACAGUCAGCGUAAUGGGUCCACACAAAGGCUUGAAGGAGGUUCGACGGAUAGUCUUGGAUUGCAUGAAAAACAUCCAUCCUAUAUACCGAAUCAAAGAACUUAUGAUCAAGCGCGAACUUGCGAAAGACCCCCAACUGGCCACAGAGUCUUGGGACCGCUUCCUACCUCAAUUCCGCAAGAAACAUCUCAAGACCUCUGAGAAGACGGCGAAGAAGAAUGAGCGGUUAGAGGAGAAGAACGAGGCGCGGAAGGUUGCAGGCUUGGAACCCAUUGGUCAACAGAAAGAGAAACCAGCCAAGAAGGUGUAUACACCGUUCCCUCCCGCACAGCAACCGCGAAAAGUCGACCUUCAACUCGAGUCUGGAGAGUACUUCCUCAAGAACACGGAGAAGGAAGCGAGGGACGCUCGGCGGCGCAAAGAUAAGCAAGAAGAGGUUGCUGCAGAAAAUCGGGCAAGACGAGCCGAGGUAUUCGUCGCGCCGACAGAAACCGCUGCGCCCACCGUCGAAGAGAAACGAAAACGGAAGCGCGAGAAAGACUCUGAAGCUAUGGCCGAUGGAGAUGGCGAGAAAGAAAAGAUCAAGCGAAAGAAGAAACAUAAGAAGUCGGAAGAUGCGGAGUCUUGAGUCCCAUCUUUGCUUACAUGUAUUCCGCAUUCUUGACUGGUCAUGUUCAUUUAGUCCUAUACUGUUGUUGUCGAUAUAUCCAAUUCGCUGUUCAUCGAUAUUGACAUCGUUUGACUCAGUUUCAUCCGCACUCUCCGGUUGCACCCUCAAAUCAUAGCUCAUGCCAUGACAAUCUUUGCUGAGGUUUGGAAUGCAAUAAGUACAAAGGACAUGUCAUAUGACAAGUCGAUUCCUGCUACAUUGAAAUCGCAGAAAGAAAAGGAAAAUCACAGUCAGCAUUGGCAAAUGUAAUAGCGCUGUUGUGGGGUACCGAACCUAUGCCAAGGGUAUUAUUGUUCGGCCAUACAUCCUUCGUCCGUCUAUGGGUUCGUCAACUACAACAGUUCCAACCUUGACGUAACUUUGGUGACAGCGAGUUAGUAUGGGUCCUUGGGAUGCUCCCAAGUUCCCAAAUGGUUGUCCGCAAUAUCAUCUUCAGGGUCUUCUUU